UAUGCAAGGGCUGUUAUAGCUCAUGAUAGCAGUUAUGAUAUUGUUAGUAUAACAGGAUGUAAUUAAUGAUUACCUGGAUGUACUUAUAGAAGCUAUAGUAAUUUUGGUUGUGAACUUAGAUCAUGCUCUAAAUACGUAAAUGCAAAUCUAUCAAAUUCAACCUCUGAAACAUAAUACCGUGAUUGGUUAUGAAAUAGUCUAAUAUAAUGUAAAUUAUAUCUUUUGAGAAGUUCUGCUCAAACUUUUUUUAAUCUUCACCUUCCUUUUACUAAUUCGUUUAGCUAGGAAUGUUCUGCAAAAUCAAUUCACAUUUAAAAAUUGUGAAAAUAAAAUUGUACAAAUUAGCAAUUAACUAAUUACGUUAAUGACUUGAAUUGUCUACUUUGGUGGCAUAAUUGUUCUGCAAAAACUGUAUAUCAAGUAAGAUAUACUAAUGUAGAAUGAAGAUAAACAUUAUAAAAUUAACCUAAA